GAAGUGUCAGAAACGAACCGCUCGACUGCGGCAAGUAUACUGCAAUUUUUUGUUUCAUUCUGGAACUCUUUAAAAAAAAUUACACAUGAUUUGCUCAUGAUAAUAAUGAAUUUAGUGAGAAUUGAAUGUGAUCAGAAGGAGUAUCGUUGUUUCUGUUUGUGAGUGUAAAAACUAAUCGUCCAAACUGGCGACCGACAGUGAUAGUAAGUCAAACAUGGCUUCUUCAGCCAGAAUUAUCCAAAGUAGUUCGGCAUGGUUUCAAAAAAAGAUAAAUUUGAGGCCGCAACACAGGGGGGUUCAUCUGGUCACCGAAGAGAUCCUGAGACAGGUUCCUGAGUUGUCCCAGUUUGCGAUGGGAUUGUGUCAUGUGCAAAUACUUCAUACUAGUGCCAGCUUAGCCCUUAACGAAAGUUGGGAUCCUGAUGUACGGGAUGAUAUGGAGAUGAUGUUGAAUAAAAUAGUUCCUGAGGGUUUGCCUUACAGACAUUCUUGCGAAGGCCCUGAUGAUAUGCCUGCCCAUGUAAAAGCGUGCUUUCUUGGCUCUUCCCUGAGCAUACCAAUCACUGAAGGCAAACUCAACCUUGGUACAUGGCAGGGCGUUUGGCUCUGUGAACACAGAGAUCAUGCGGGUUCUAGGAAACUUCUUAUCACUCUGAACGGAUGUUUAAGAGAUGCAACAUGCACGCCCCUGUCUCCAACCCUGACCGCUUCAGAUUUGGAUAGAAGUUGUGCAGAACCGACAAAACCAAAAUGAAAAUUCUAAAUUGAGCUAACACAUUGCUGAUAAAUUGGACAUAAAGCAAUGAAAAAGCAUCUAACAUAAAAAAAUGUGCGAUGUGCCUUUAUAGGUAACUAUUUCACUUGAGAAUCUGAGAUGGAAUUUUUGAUAUUUUUACCAUGCGAAUAAAAGAUUUUGAACUAAAAGUAAGUGAGCUUUAGAAUAAUUUACCAUAUGAAUAUUAAUAUAGAAAUUUUCAUGAAAAACAGCUAGUACUUGUAAGUAUAAACGCUCUUGGAAAUUAUUUUUGAAAUGAAAAACUUAAGCAAAUUGAAGAGAGAAAAUCGAAUUUAGUUUAGAACUUGUUCAACACCUUAUUUUUAUCAUUAAAUUUUUUUAAAUUAAUUUGAA